CACGGAGAAUGGGGUAUGCAUUCCCUCAAGCGUUUGUCCUUUGCGUUACAAGCAAACCAAUCAUGCUCUGUAUGUUCGGUAGAAAGUCCCGCCAUCUUUCCCCCAGGUUUCUUGCCCACCCCCCAGGCUUCCUGCUGCCCUGAGAAAAGCCCGCCAAGCCUGCUCUGUUCUGCCCAGCAACAACAAGCAGCCAAUCAUCGCAGCAGGAAAGCCCACCAAGCCUCAGCCUAUCCUGAACUGACACGUAACCCUCUGAGCCACCUCAGCAGUCUGCCCAGAGACGGGCAGCCUAUCCUAAGCUCCUACGACACUCCGCCAGCCCUGUGUCCACGCCCCGUCCACCCCCCUAUAAAACCCUCCUACCCCAGCUGCGCAGUCGCAGCCAGCCCCGAUCUCCUUCCUUUCCUGGCCUGCCCGCUGGUCCCAAUAAACCUGAACUCGGCUUCCAACUCUCGAGCUGUUAUUUGGGGUCGGGUACCGGGCAGGGGUCUACAAGGGGGUCGCACAUAUGGUGCCGAAACCCGGGACGGAGGGUCGCUAGCCCCCCCUAGCGACCCCCUCCCUCCAGCGACCUCCCCAGCCCUCCUCCAAUUCGGCCUCAGCACUCCGGACCAGGCUGGAUUGAAGCUUACCCCACAGCCUCUGAGUCUGCCGGGACAGUAGCCACUCAUCUCAUUCAAGACAUCAUCCCACGCUUUGGACUCCCGGCUACCAUACAGUCAGACAACGGCCCAGCCUUUAUCUCCAAAGUCACUAAUGCCGUUUCUACCUCUUUAGGAAUUCAGUGGAAGCUACACGCCGCCUACCAUCCUCAGUCCUCUGGUAAGGUGGAACGGGCCAAUGGCCUAAUAAAGGAGCAUCUGACCAAGCUCAUGCUUGAGCUCCGCCAAUCCUGGGUAACCUUGCUUCCUAUCGCCCUCACCAGGUUGAGAGCAAGCCCCCGGGGGCCAUCACAGCUUAGCCCGUUUGAGCUGCCGUACGGUCGCCCCUUCCUACUUUCAACUCCCCCACCACCAGAGACCACUCCUCUAGACAGCUACCUCCCCUACUUUACUCUCCUUCGCAGCCUUCUCCGAGAACACGCCAACGCUUCUCUUCCCCAACCCACCCAGCCAUCUGAAAAUACACAGAAAGUCUCCCCCGGGGACUCAGUUCUUAUCAGGUCCCUCUCCCCAAAGCCCCUCGCCCCCAAGUGGGAAGGACCAUACACAGUCCUCCUUACCACUCUAUCAGCUAUAAGAGUUGCUGAAAUCCCAUCUUGGGUCCACCUGUCUCAGGUAAAAAAGGCCCCUCAUGGACCCUCCUUAUGCUGGAAGGCUGUUCCUACUGGCCCUUUAUCUGUCAAACUUACCAGGGCCUAGCAGCCACACCCCCUACAGAUGGAGAUUCUUCCUAACUGAAAACUAUACCAAAACCACCUUCAUCUGUAAUACCCCUCCAUACAGCCACAACCAUCUUCUUGCAACUUCCGACUGCCCCGCAGCCGGAUGCCAAAGGGCCAUAUAUCUGAACUUCACCAAAUUCCAUAACAUCCAUACUGAUAUACCUCUCAUGUGCUUCAACCAUGACCAACCAUCAGGAGCAUGCAAUAAUACUCCUUGGCGCUCCUGCAUGGGAUGUACUUGGAUGAACUGUCGACUACAUAUAGCCGUCAAGUCCACAGUACCUGCCCGAUCUCAGCUCAAAAUCAUCCCAGACAUAGAUGGAGAAGGAAACACCAUUAUCGGUUCUACACGGUAUUCCAUUCUCAUACCUGAUCCCUGGGACAACCGGUGGAAAAGCCCCCAGAAAGCUGCCGUGUAUGACCACAUAGAUACCAAAUAUCCCUCUUCCCACCUGUACAUCUGGCGAGCAUACGUACGUACAGUCCACCAAGUCCACUCUGAUAUUAGCCUACAAGAAAAAUCUCUGAAUGACCAAUUGCAACCACAUUCGUCUCCGUUUUCCUGGUUAACAUUUCUCCAAGAAGGAAUCAAGUUAGCUAACCUCUCAGGACUAACUGACCUAACUUCAUGCCUCAUGUGUGCCUUCUUAGGACAGACUCCCUUCGUUGCAGUCCCUUACCCCAUCCCUCUCAACCUUUUAGCCUCAACUUCUUCCUUCUCCCCCGUCAGGGAAGUCGAUCUCUACACUCCACCUGAUUUUGAACAGCUACCUGUGUGCUAUUCCCUAGGCCAAAACUUCCCUAGCUGUAACAGAACUAUACUGGUAACCACUAAUAUAACAGCCCCACGAGGAACGUUUUUUUGGUGUAACAGGACCUUAACAAAAACUCUCUACAUUGGCCUUUCCUCAUCUCUUUUAUGCCUCCCAGUAACCCUAGUCCCUCGACUCACUAUAUAUUCUUCAGCCGAAUUCCAGAUGCUGCAAGCUCCCCAUCGCCGCACCCGACAAGCUGCCUUCCUACCCAUUGCCGUUGGAGUCUCCCUUGCUGGUUCAGCACUUGCAGCAGGAUUAGGGGGAGGGGCACUAGUCCACUCUCACCUGGCCAUAGCCCGACUGACCUCACAACUCCAAGCCGCUAUUGAUGACUCUACUGAGUCUUUAGCAUCACUCCAACUACAGAUCACCUCAGUUGCCCAAGUUGCCUUGCAGAACCGAAGAGCCCUAGACCUGCUCACUGCUGAACGAGGAGGGACCUGUGUCUUCCUACAAGAAGAGUGCUGUUACUACAUCAAUGAAUCCGGCCUAGUAGAAACCCGAAUCGAGAGCCUCCAGAAACUCAAAACUAACCUGCAGAGUCAGAAGUUCUCGGCUGAAGCCACAGCGUGUUCAUACAGCGGCUCUUUCAAGAACUGACUCGAGUCACCAUCCACCAGAUGCUGCUCCAACCCCACCCUGAACGAGUGCAAGAAACAGACCUCUCCCUGAACAUCCAGGCUCCUUAAGAAAAGAGACCUCUUCAGAACCCCCCGUGGACCGUUGUCAGCAGGAAGUAGCCAGAUCGAUUCCGCCGCCCUUUUUCCUUUUUAAGGAGUCGGGAAUGUUCGGUAGAAAGUCCUGCCAUCUUUCCCCCAGGUUUCUUGCCCCCUCCCCCCAGGCUUCCUGCUGCCCUGAGAAAAGCCCGCCAAGCCUGCUCUGUUCUGCCCAGCAACAACAAGCAGCCAAUCAUCGCAGCAGGAAAGCCCGCCAAGCCUCGGCCUAUCCUGAACCGACACGUAACCCUCUGAGCCACCUCAGCAGUCUGCCCAGAGACGGACAGCCUAUCCUAAGCUCCUACGACACUCCGCCAGCCCUGUGUCCACGCCCCGUCCACCCCCCUAUAAAACCCUCCUACCCCAGCUGCGCAGUCGCAGCCAGCCCCCGAUCUCCUUCCUUUCCUGGCCUGCCCGCUGGUCCCAAUAAACCUGAAUUCGGCUUCCAACUCUCGAGCUGUUAUUUGGGGUCGGGUACCGGGCAGGGGUCUACAAGGGGGUC